AUGGAUUGCAUCUCAGCUGAGACGUUACGAAAAGAACACGAAAAUGAACUCGUAUUAAAUUUUCAAUAUAAAAGCCAAAUUUUACGCAAAAUCAAUACAUUAUACAAUCGUCUACCAGGACACAAUGGCUCUAGUCCACAUGGUGGCACAACAAUAUUGAGUAAAGAAGAAGAGUCUCAUCUGGUUUAUGUGAUAAAAACAAUGCAAGAUUAUAAUCAUCCUGUAUCAAAUUCAAAUGUAUGUACAAUAGCUUGGUGUUAUAUGGCAGAAUUAAAGAAAGAUAUUCCAGAUAAUGGUCCAGGUAAAGAUUGGUUUUACGGUUUUAUGAGGAGAUGGUCAUCCGAGUUAAAGAUAAUGAAAAGUAUGAAAUUUGAAAAAGCACGCAAUGAUGCAUUGUCCGUUCAAGUUCUCGAUAUUUGGUUUAACAAGUUGUAUAUAAUGUUAAAAAAACUCGAUUUAUUCGAUAAACCGACAAACAUAUUUAACUGUGAUGAAAGUGAAUUCUCAGAUGACCCAGACAAAAAGUCAGUUGUUGUCAGGCGAGAAAGACGGUAUUCAAUUGAUGUUCAUGGUGGGAGUGGCAAAAGUCAGACAGCAGUUUUGUUGACUACUUCAGCUAGCGGCAGAUUUUCGGUCAUUGUAGAUGACAAAACCGUUCAAUCAUCCAUACCAUCAGCCUCUUCUACUUCAUUAUCAAUGGAUGCUUCACUAAUUGAUCAAAUCAAUAGUUCGUUAAUAACUACUACACCUGUUGUUUCUGCUUUAAAAUCGUCUGUCUCGAAAACGUCAUCAAUAAUUGCCUCGUCAUUUUCAUUACUUAAUGCAUCCCAAGAUCCGUCUUCGUCGCUGUCAAUUGAUUCUAGUGUUAAAACAAUUAAAAGCUUGGUCGAACCUGUAUCUCCAUAUAAUAGUAAGAUCUUUUCCGCUUAUUAA